CGGAUCGUUCCAGAGUAACGAUGGCGAGCCAUACGACAGUAAUUUGUUGCGCCUUUUUGCUGGCCACGUGUGGCUUAGUAGGACAUGUGGACGGUCACGGAAUGGCGCUGGACCCGAUUGCUCGUGGAUCACGCUGGCGCUGCAAUCCGUUGGCGCUCCCGAACUACACUGACAACGAGUUGUUUUGCGGUGGCUACCAAGUGAACUGGAACACGCACGGCGGAAAGUGCGGUGUGUGUGGCGACAACUACGGGGAUCCCGCACCGCGCCGCCACGAGUUGAACGGUAUUUACGGCCAGGGCGAUAUCGUGAGGCAGUAUUUGCGGGGCAGUGUGAUCGAGGCGCGCAUUCGCAUCACGGCCAACCACCGAGGGCACUUUUUCUUCGACGUGUGCAAUCUCGAUACGGGAGCGGAGGACGACAGUUGCUUCAACCAGUACCCGCUGUACCUGGUCGAUGGAAGCCGUGAGUGGCAACUUCCCUCAACGGACCCCGGAGAGUAUUACAUCAAUCUUAAGCUGCCCGAUGCGCUCGUGUGCAGUCACUGUGUGUUCCGAUGGACAUAUGUAGCAGGCAACAACUGGGGUUACUGUCCCGACGGAACCGGUAAGCUUGGCUGCGGGCCGCAGGAAACAUUCAAAACGUGCUCCGAUGUGCGGAUAGCAAACCCGGCCGACUUUGUGCCAAACUUUGCGUACUGUACAAAAGCGGUUUAGCGGAAUCUACGGAAUCACACCGGUGUGUGCCAAUAAACGGAAUCUGUUUUCAGUGAUCUGAGUGCUGUAAAGACCUUUCUCGAUACAGCGAAUGAUUGUCCCGGAAACGCGAUAUUUUUAUCUACGCCAAAAAUUAUUUCAAUUUUAUUCCACGUUUAAAAUACAAAUCCUCUUCAGUUAUGCAGAGUGGAAUAAUUAUGUAUGACAUGUAGUGGCAACGGGUGAUUCUCUUACGGAAGAAGUGUUUUUCUUUGUAUUCAUUAGUUCCGCUCUCGUUCUGUUUCCUCGCAAAGUUCCAAUUGUUUCACACAAACACAUACAGGCACCUACAAUGCGUACGCACCUAGAAUACGCGCUUCCAUUCAUUCCUAUGCUCCUCGUUCAACCUGUGACUACUUACAAUGAACCUAUUCUGCUCUAUUCCUACGAACGUGAGUUCCUAUUUGUAGCAAUCGCGCAAAAACCAUGAUUGAAAUAAAGGAAACUAGUGUAA